AUGAGCCACUCGGGGACGAUUACUAAGCAUUCGCCAUCCGAUAACAUCAUCGGCUACCGGGAAUCUCACCCAUCCCCAAUCUGCGCCAGCGACAAACGUCAACGAACCGCUCUUCCACCGCAUAUAAACCCCCACCAACCACCUCCUCCUCCUCCCUUUCACUACUCCACCAACCAGUCGCCCACCAUAGCUUCCAUAUUCACCCGUCUGUUCGGCUCCUUCGCCGGACCCUCCCCCGCAGCCAUGUCCGCCGCAAAGACCAAAGCCCAGAACCUGAUUAACGAGAAUGCCGUUGUGGUGUUCUCGAAAUCCUACUGCCCCUACUGCCAUGCCAGCAAGCAGACGCUCAAGGACCUAGGCGCGAAGUUCUAUGCGCUGGAGUUGGAUGAGAUUGAUGAUGGACGCGAAAUCCAGAAUGCGCUGUUCGAAAUCACGCGGCAGCGGACCGUGCCGAAUAUCUUCAUCGGGCAGAAGCAUAUUGGUGGGAACUCGGACCUGCAGGCUAAGUCUGCGCAGUUGCCGGCCCUGUUGAAGGAGGCUGGUGCUUUGUAG